UUUAAUGGUAAGUGCGUAUUAUUUAUCAUAGAUAUAUAUAGUUGUUUCUUAUUUUUUGUAUAUACUAAUAAUAAAUAUUCUUACUCAGACGGAUGACAUGAGUCAAGCACCUGAAAAGCUUGAUGAGUUUUUGGGAAAAACAUUGCUAUUCAAGAUAAGGAUAAAAGAAAAUAAUAUCAAUCAUCCUAAGCCUGUGUACACAGUGAACAGACUGAGCAGCGAUAAAACUCUGAUUGAUGGAUUUUUGAAGAAGUCAAUUUUAAUUGAGGAGACCAAUUCUGUAACGUACGAUAAUGAAGAAGCAGAUAUUACAUCGCCGAACACACUGACACCAUUAAAACGCAAAAACUCUACCCCUGGAGAAGAUGACUUUAAGCAAGGAGAGCAUCAGAUGUCAAGCAAUAAGCAGAAAAUAAUUAUCAAGAAGGAAAAGGACUAA